AUGCCGGAGUCAUCGUUCAAAAGAACGAUCCUGAUCACAGGAUCAACAGAUGGAAUCGGGAAGCAGACAGCUAUCGACUUAGCCGCUCAUCCAGAUAAUCGUGUUAUUAUUCAUGGACGAAGCGAGGAAAAAUGCGAGGCAACCCGAGAUCACAUCAUCAAGGAAACUGGUAAUCCUACAAAUGUCGACUACAUUGCUUGUGACCUAUCCAUAAUGAAGGAGGCACGUUUUUUUCUUUUAUCUCGGUGUUUACUUCCUCUUUUCCUCUUUUGCUCAAGAAGAUUUUAUUUUGCGCUAGAGUCUCCUUCUUCCCAGAUUAGCCUACUAAAGACCCUUCAACAGAUUUGAUU